AAACUUCCGACUUCAACUGUAGAUGUUUACGAUUGGUUCAGAUUUGGUACAGACCAAACUCCGUACCAACCAAAAAGCUCCUUAAAAUAAUAGCCAGUGUGUAGCACAAUACCCAAAUAUGCAAAGGAGGACAUUUCAUAUUUAUACCUUUUUGUAUUUAGGAUAUAUCACCAUGAAUUGGAAAUUAUUUCCAUAAUUAUGCAUUUCUGUGUAUUUCAGAUCAGGUACACAUGAUGAAAUGUCGUUACUGCAAUUCUGUUGCCGGGUGUACAUCCACUUCACUUACUGUAGUUCAAUAACCCAAAUAAAUGUUUUCAAACUCAAGGUGUUAUGUCAUAGCAGACACCCCAUUCUUUCUGCAGACAUCUUUGAAUCUUAAAGCUGCAAAAUGUGACCUGGCAAAUUAACAUAGAAAUGUGAAUUAUAGAUCUUAAUUCUCAUUGAAAACAAAUCUAAGAGCUGUUCUAUUUUAGUUUUUGAGUCUUUUGCUUUCGGUUUUGUACACCAUCUUCAAACAGCUGAAAAUACAAUAUUUUUGCUUAUGGAAAAUAUAUUCCAGUGGUUUUGAUGGUACAAUUAGUUAUUACACUAUACUUGCUUGUUUUAUCACAUAAAUUGAAAUUUGGCUAACGAUUAGAAUUUUUGCAACCAGGAAAGGUUGAGCGAUUGCACCUUUAAAGACACACCUUGGUGUCUAAGAAAAUAUUUUCUAAACCUCCCACUUUUGUCUGGAUGUGUUAAUGUGUAGAUCAUACAUGCAUAAUCUAUCAGCAGAAUUACUGUCCUCAAUUAAAUUCCUAGUUUGAAAGCGAUUGUUUUCUUGAUGCUGUGCUUGACAUUUUCUCUACAUUUCCCCCCAUGUGGGCUAGCCCCCUAGCAAUUUGAGUUCCAGCCAAUGAGAUUCAGCCCCUCGCAUUUGGGUGACGGCAAGAGGCCUUCCCUGCAUUAUCCAAUGAGGUUGCAGGGUGGGCUCAGUGGACACAGUAGAGGGAGAGCGAGCGCAAUGACGUGAUGCACAUAUCUGCACGUGAUGUAGUAUGCCAUUUUCGGGGACCCCUUUUGGCUCGUGAGUGUAACUUUCAGAACCACUGGCUAAAAACUAUACAAAAGUACCGGAGAGUAUCUCUUAAUUCAAAGCAGAUAUUUAACAGUUUUUGGAAAACUUGGUCACACAAACUGAGGGAGAAAAUUCAACAGAAAUUCUGUUACCAAACUUUGCAUCUGCACAGUUCUUCCAUGAAAUGUUGAGUGUAAAUUCUUCCUUGUGCGUAGAGUAUGGUCUGUUAAACUUUGACAUCAAUUUAGUUUUUUGGCAUACAUUUUCACGUGAAAAACCAGUCUGUGCAAUUCUGUUACCAUGGAAUUUCCCACAUGUGUGAUCACAUGAAUGUAUACUAAAGGAAACCAUAGACUAGAGCGCAAACUCAUACCAUGUUAUACCACUGUACUGUGUAAUGAACAUGCUAUGUCGCCUAAUUCAUUACUAUGCCCAGGCCAGGGAGUCAUCUUUUUCUAUUACCCUUGCUUCCAUUUUGUGGCUAAAUCAGAGCUUGCAAAGUCUGUCACUUUUGGAGGGAACCCUAGAUUACUGAUUUGAUGUCAUGACACAUUGCUCCCAGCCUACAUGUUUGGGAGAAGUGUAUUGAUCAUUCACUCCAAUAGUGUAGUCAAUAUUUGUCUUACUUCUUUAACUCUGCACUGUUGGGAAUGGGCUCGUAAGUAAGCAUUUCACUGUAAAGUCUACACCUGUUGUAUUUGGCUCAUGUGACCAAUAAAAUAUAUGAUUUGAUUUUGAUUAGGUUCAUUAUUCUGCAAACUGGGUCAUAUUUCCUAAUGAAGGUAAGCUCAAACGCUUCCAAAAAGAGCUUGAAAUCCCCCCAAUUAAUUUUCUCUGAUUGAUUUGAGGAUGCUGCCAGACAGAUGUGCAUCAUAAGCCAGAUUUGGGCAGAUGUACAGUGGCAAGAAAAAUACAGUACCUGAUGUGGUAGUGGGAGAUGAGACAGUGAGAGAGAGCCUCUCCUUAGAUCCACAUCCCAUGAGAUGGGAGCCAACACCAGCCAGAUCAGUGACCUGUCAGAGAACCAGAGCCUCCGGACCCUGAUCGGCACAGAGUCCAUCUCAGAGAAUGACCCCUUCUGGAACCAGCUCAUCUCCUUCACAUUCAUCAGCCCCACUAGCAGUGUUAACUCCAAGCUGUUGGAAGAGGCAGUUAUUCCCCUGGCCAAGAUCCUGAUUGAGAACAAUCCCAGAACAGGGAAUUUUGGAGCCCUCGUGAGAAUAUUCCUGGGAAGAACCAAAGAGUUGAAAAUAUCCACAGAAUGCCAAGAUCAGCUGUUCAUCUGGCAGGCCCACAAUACUUUGUUCAUGAUUCGCUGCCUUCUCAAAGUCUUCAUCAGGGAGAUGACGGAGGAGGAGCUGCACUUACAGCUCUCCUACCAGGAGAGGGUGCCAGGCUCCUGUGACACAGGGAGCGAGGUACUGCUGGAAGAGCUGAUGUGUAACCUCGUACACCUGGUGGUGGAGGUUCCCCUGCUGGACAUCACGUACAGUAUCCUGUUUGAGGCUGUGACCACCUUGCUGGUGCUGCUGUCCUACCAGCUCUUUCACAAGGAGAUCCUGAGAGACGGACUCAUCUACCAGUACCUGAUGAAGGGGCGAUGUUUGUCCCUGACCAGUCAGUUGGUGAAGACUCUGCUGUAUAACUUCAUCAGACAGGAGAAGUGUCCGCCUCCUGCCACACACAUCUUUGAACAGCAGUCUGACAGAGGAGGCCUGCUCUACGGACUUGCCUCGGGAGUAGCAAGUGGGUUGUGGAGUGUGUUCGCGCUGGGUGGAGCCGGCAGUAAGCCAGGAUUGGACCAGGAACAGAACCCUCUGCCACUGUCCAAUCAGAGCCUGUUAUUGCUCCUGGUGCUAGCCAAUCUGACAGAUGGACCCAACAACUGUCCCAACCCCUACAGACAGGCUGUCACGUGCUUCAAAAACACACAAGACACGUCAUCCAUCCCUACAGAGCAGCACCAUACGUUCCAGAUCAACUUCAACAGCCUUUACACAGCUCUGUGCGAGCAGCAGAGAUCCGACCAGGCUACACUGAUACUCUACACACUGCUACACCAGAACACCAACAUGAGAACAUACAUGCUGUCUCGCACAGACAUGGAGAACCUGGUGAUGCCCAUCCUCAAGAUCCUGUAUCAUGUGGAAGACAGGAACUCUCAUCACGUCUACAUGGCCCUCAUCAUCCUCCUCAUCCUCACUGAGGAAGAUACCUUCAACAGAUCCAUACAUGAGGUGGUAUUAAAAAACAUAACUUGGUAUUCAGAGCGUUCAUUAACAGAAAUCUCCCUGGGUAGUCUACUCAUCCUGGUGGUCAUACGCACCAUCCAGUUCAACAUGACACGCACCCGGGAUAAGUACCUGCACACCAACUGCCUGGCUGCCCUGGCCAAUAUGUCUGCCCAGUUCCGCUGCCUACACCAGUAUGCAGCCCAGCGCAUCAUCAGCUGCUCCAGCCUCCACAAGCAGAGAUACUUCCUGUUUGCACUGCUGUCCAAGAAGCACAACAAGAUUUUGGAGCAGGCUACCCAGUCUGUACGGGGCCUGCGGCGGGCAGACUACGCCCAGGACCUGAUUGUGAUCGAGGAGGUGAUCAGGAUGAUGCUGGAGAUCAUCAACUCGUGUCUGUCGAACUCUCUACACCACAACCCCAACCUGGUCUACGCCCUGCUCUACAAGAGAGAGCUCUUCGAACAGUUCAGAACACACCCCUCCUUCCGGGACAUCGUGCAGAACCUCGACACGGUGAUAGGUUUCUUCAGCCAGCCCUGAAGACUUCUUCAUCCCUUACGUGUGGUCCCUGGUUUUCAACUCUGGAGUAGGCCUUAACUGGAGCCCUACGGGCAUAGAACUCUUCGGCAUGGACUCUGGCUGAUUGUGGGAGUUCACGCCAAUCCAAACUUCCACUUUAGUCAAAUGUUCACUUAGUCAUGCAUUGAUGUAAAUGGGAGAUGUUACCUUAGUGGAAGUUAGGAUUCGUGUGUGUGUGUUUAUUUGUAUAUGUGUGUGCGCACUGCUUUGGAAGUGCCUCUACCCUCACAGACAGAUCCCUGGGUUACUAUGGGAUGUUAGACAGGAGGACAUUGAAUAUACCGGUCUUCCUUCCUGCUCCUAUUUGUUCAUAUCAGACAGACUUUUCCUCUGUGCUUCCACGUAGCCUGGUGUUAGUCCAGACUGAACACUGAGCUCACCAUUGUGAGUCAUAAUUCAGUCUGGUACAACCGGGCUAGCUUCCACAUGGUUCAGCUCCACAACCAGACCUCAACAGCAGCACUGAAUACUAAGGAUGGUACUCUUUACAGAGACACUUUGUUUUCUCCAUUAUUGGGAGUUUGGUGAAUUUUUUUGUCCUCAGUCUUUCUCAGGUUUUCUCUGGUUUUGCCUCACUUCAAAUUCACCCUUGGUUUUUUCGGGUUUGCUUAAAUCUUUUUAUUUUUUUAUUUGUUAUGAAGUAAAGUAGUUAUGGUUCAAGGUAAUUAAAAAAAAUCGGAGUAUUCAGAGUAUUCAACUGUCAGAGUAUUCAGAGAAUUUAACUGUCAGAGUAUUCAGAGUAUUCAACUGUCAGAGUAUUCAGAGCAGGUCACCUGGGAUCCUGGGUUGAGGACUGGACAGUUGAUGACAGUUAACGAUUGGUGAUGGCCUAGAGGUGUCAACGAUACUUGUCGCUGUAGCCUAGUCCCAGAACUUGUCACAAACAGAAUCUGGGACCAGGCUUUUGUGACCGUCUUAAGUCACGUCUUUACCACAGCAAAACAGGGGUCCUCGUUUUUCAUCAGUUUGAUUCAACUCUCCUUAUUUUCAGUCGGUUGUCCCAAUGUUAUUUUGUGCACAAUCAUGUUUGUUUGUUUAUUUGUUUAUUUGCUUGUUUUAUAGGAUUAGUUUUUUUAUUAUUGUAUUUAUGUAUGGAUUUUGAUAUUUGCCCCCACCAAAACAUAAACGACAAUCAACAGCAACAACAGUAGCAAAAUGAGAUCCUUAAUCUCCUUGUAAAGGAACAUCAACAAAUCAUUUUUUUUUUACGCCAUCUUAUUUCCUGGUAGUUACGCAUUUGUCUUAAUGUCAAUAUAGAACAAUAACAACUGACAGUUUUGCAAAUUCUAAGUUGAAUUUAGCAAGCAUAAUGAUUAAAAAAUAUAAAAAUAACUAUAUACUGUAUAGGCUAUCACAUCUUUAUGUAGCCUUGUAAAUCUUCCAGGAUGCGUCGAAAUUGGUACCCUAUUCCCUAUAUAGUGCACUACUUUAGUAGAUAGUACAAAAAUAAAAUAGUUUACUGUAGGGAUUAGGGUGCCAUUUGAGAUGCGACCCCAAUGUUGUACAGAUCAGGGAACGCAUGUAAAUGAUUUUAUAAACAAAUACAAACGCAUGUUUGUUUCUGUUCCUAGAUGUUCCACAUGAAUCUGAAGGGAAGAUGUUCCUUUUAAGUGUUCCAAAUGGCACCCUAUUCCCUCUAAAGUGCACUACUAGGGCCCACAGGGCUCACUUUGAAUAUUUUUGCUUCUGCAAAAAAAUGAACUGACAAAUAUGUUUAGAAUAGAUAUUUAUGAAUGCAUCAACAUGACAUGCAUAAUAAAACAUGAUUGAGUGAGAGGUUGUCCCUGUAGGCAGACUGUAGGAUCCAAUGUUUGAAGUAAACCUUGCUGUUACAGAACUGCGGUCAAAGAUGGGGUGCCUCCCAAACAUUUGUCGUUCUUCCUGAAGUGUGCACUUGUCCACUACUUCCCACACAUUUAAAACCAUUGAAGGGAGGUGAACAAGUGCUCACUUUGGGGAAAAAGGACAGAUUAUUCGGAUGUACCCAAAGAUGUAUUCUCUCCUUGCGUUCAGUAACAAGAGUGUUCUCUAUAGUGAGUGUGUGAAGUUUAAAAAGCACCCCCUUUUUUCUACUUAAAAAAAUAAAUAAAAUGUUUUUUUUUACUUUUACCCCUUUUUCUCCUCAAUUUCGUGAUAUCCAAUUGGUAGGCCGUUGAGAAGCACUCUUGAAAGCAUUUUAUUUAAUUGGGGUUGUUAUGACCGCUGUUUUCCUCAGAAAAAUAAGAAGAAUGUAUUAAAACUGGAAUCUUGCUGGAA